UCGGGGCCGGGUGGGCCCCGCUAACCCCCAUGUGCCUCUGCUGCAGAAUCUGCGAGUAUGGAGAACGCUGUCUGCAAAACCAGUGAGUCCGAGGAAGACUACGGCGAGGAGGAGGAGUCCGAGGAAGAGAGCCUCAAGAGGGGCGCAGGCCCCUCUAACGUUUCGCUGCAGGGCAACGCAGAGGCAGGCGGGAAUGGGGCCCCCUCUUGCACUGUCAAAAAGUUUCAGAAGAAAACGGCAGCCCGCUCUGAGCCCGAGGACUCAGAUGUUGGGAAGAAAAAGAGGCGGCGGAAGCGAAGGCUCUUGACCAUCAACCUGACCAACUGCAAGUAUGAAAGUGUUCGACGAGCAGCUCAGCUUUGUGGCCUGAAGGAGGUGGGGGAGGACGAGGAAUGGACAGUGUACUGGACUGACUGUUCUGUCUCACUGGAGCGUGUUAUGGACAUGAAAAGGUUCCAGAAAAUCAACCACUUUCCAGGAAUGACAGAAAUCUGUCGCAAAGAUCUACUGGCCCGAAAUCUCAACCGCAUGCACAAGCUCUAUCCUUCUGAGUACAAUAUCUUCCCCCGAACCUGGUGCCUCCCAGCAGACUAUGGGGACUUUCAGAACCAUGGACGUCAGCGGAAAACUCGUACUUACAUCUGUAAGCCAGACAGUGGCUGCCAGGGACGUGGCAUCUUCAUCACCCGGAAUCCUCGGGAGAUCAAACCAGGAGAGCAUAUGAUCUGUCAGCAGUACAUAUCCAAGCCCUUCCUCAUUGAUGGCUUCAAGUUUGAUAUGAGAAUCUAUGUCCUGAUCACCUCCUGUGACCCACUUCGUGUCUUCAUGUAUGAAGAAGGCUUAGCCCGCUUUGCUACUAUGCCUUACGUGGAACCCAGCAUCAGCAAUCUGGAUGAUGUCUGCAUGCACCUGACCAACUAUGCCAUCAACAAACAUAAUGAGAAUUUUGUCCGGGAUGAGACAGUAGGCAGCAAGAGGAAGCUGUCAACACUCAAUACCUGGCUGAGGGACCACAGCUACGAGCCAAGAGACCUGUGGGGGGACAUUGAGGACAUCAUCAUCAAGACCAUAAUCUCUGCUCACUCCGUCCUUCGACACAACUAUCGAACCUGCUUUCCACAAUAUUUGGGUAGUGGCACUUGUGCCUGCUUUGAGAUCCUUGGCUUUGAUAUCUUACUGGACCACAAGCUGAAGCCCUGGCUGCUAGAGGUCAAUCACUCUCCGAGCUUCACUACAGAUUCAUGCCUUGACCGAGAAGUGAAGGAUGCACUUCUUGGUGAUGCCAUGAACCUUAUCAACCUACGAGGCUGUGACAAGAAGAAGGUGCUAGAAGAGGAUAAGCGGAGAGUUAAGGAGAGGCUUUUCCAGUGUCAUCAGCAACCACGAGAAUCCCGGCGAGAACAAAUGGAGUCAUCAAAUGCAGCCAUGCUGGACCAGGAGAGGUAUGAGAACUCCCACCUCGGUGGCUACCGGCGUAUCUACCCUGGGCCAGACACUGAGAAGUAUGCACCCUUCUUCAAGCACAAUGGUUCCCUUUUCCAGGAGACUGCUGCCUCUAAAGCCAGGGAAGAAUGUGCCAGGCAGCAACUGGAGGAGAUCCGCUUGAAGCAGGAACAGCUUGAGGCCACAGGCAACAAGAGGAGGAAAGAAAAUAAGGAUGUCAACCAGGGUGAAUCAGCAGGAGAGAAGAAUAGGUCCAGGGUAGGGCCCAAAGGUCUGCCCAGUCGUUUGAACUACCUAAGGUCCAGGAACCAAGAAAAACAGCUUCCAGCAGUACAGGUGGACACCAUGCAGCCUCAAGAAAUUGUGGAAGAGGAAGAGCUGGAGCGGAUGAAGUCCCUUCUCCAAAGAGAGAAUCUUAUUCGUAGUCUGGGUAUUGUAGAUCAGCUUACCCGUAUGCUGCACCCUACUCAACGAUCCCAGAACAAAUUUUCUACAAAUCGAGCUAGAUUUCAUCAGGAUGGACUUGGCAACCGAGACGUGCAGUCUGUGAAUCUCGUCCCUUUGUCCCUUCUAAGAGAAGGGUCUGUCCCAGAACUGGGCCCGAACUUCAUACAACCAGUCCGGACUCACACGUUCAUCCCCAACAUACUGGGUCCACUGUCAAACAUGAGAACAACCAUCCCCCACCCCUCCCAGUGCCAGCUGCAGCCCAAGAACCUCAACUGGUUAGGUUCCUCUUCUACAGGCAGUGGCUCCUGCUCACUUACAAUGAAGAAGUCAGGCAGACGUUAUUUUUCCAGUGCUCGAGGCAAGCAUGAUAGCCAAGGCCAAACAAACAGAAGGCUAGAAGCCAUGAACCGGGCAUUGGCAGGAUCAGUGCCACCCUCCCUAACCCCAAGGCAGGGCUACCUUCUGCACUCCGAGAGAGAGGCAAAUGACUCCUGGGCCGGCUGCAGCUUGCCCUCCAUGACAGAAUCCAGGCAUAGAGCUACGACCCGAGAGCUGACACUGUGUCCUGCCUCAGCACCCCUUCUCCAGCACUCUAAUGCACUGGGUCUCCUUAACAUGAGCCACCACAGAGCUCUGAAACAACAGAAGAAAAAGAUUCGAUUCCAGAAAAUCUGCAGACAGAUGGAAACCUCAGGUGCCCCACAAAGGGUCCUGACGAGGAAUGCCAUGGAGCAGAUCCGGUAUUUACACAAGGAAUUCUCUGAGGACUGGUCAGUUCCCAAAUUAGCUGAAGGCUUUGGAGUCAGCACUGAUGUGAUCAGAAGGGUUUUAAAGAGUAAGUUUGUUCCCACACUGAAGCAGGAAAUCAAGCAAGAUCAGAAGAUCCUCAGUAAAGCUAGGAUCACCCACUAUCCACAGAAGCAGCUUGCUUUACAAGAGCAUCCACCACUGCCAACCUCUACAGGUCAUCUAGUCUCAGAAUCAAUGCCAGUAUCAGGACGUGAGGCCCUGUCACACCUCUGUCAUAAGGGCCAAAAUUACACUUCAGCUUCGCAGGAAAAAGAGAAGAAUCCUCAGGGUUGGAAAACUCCAAGAAGCCAGGUUAGGGACAAAGUAUCUCAGGUACUGGGGAAGGAGAGGCAUACGGCUCUAGUUGAAGCCUUGGGUGAUCAUAGAGAAAAGCAGAGCAUAUCGUCUUCACCCAGGAAGCAGAAUCGACCAGAAGGGCCUCACACUCAUGGGCAGCUGAGUAAGGAGGAAGAAGAGGUAGUAAAGGAACCAGAGACAGAUGGCAAGGAAUUUAACAGCAAAGUAUUUCAGAAAGGGAGGGAGUUCUUUGAUAGCACUGGAAACUUUCUUUAUAGGAUUUAAGUAGGAAUUUGUCAUAUUUAUGAAAAUGUCACAAAGCAGGAAGGAAGAACAGUGCUACAAGUUUGGUAUUUUAUUUGCACUUGAUUGUCCCAACUUGCUACAUAUUAUUUAGUUGUCCUAGAUUGGGAACUGCUGUAGUUCUUGGAAUAAGAGAAUUAUCCAUGAGAUUCUGGACUUCAGUAUGCCCAAAAUGGUAAGCCAUGUAUGGCAACUAUGUGAUACAACAAAAAACUGUUGGUGCCUCUGCCUCUUGAUGAUAAACAGCAAGGUAGUAUUAUGGACAGGGCACUGGACCUCAAUUUUGGAAGACUUGAGUUCAGAUUUCACCUCAGACAUGGAUAAUAGUAGCACCCAUGUUCCUGGGUUGUUGUGAGGAUCAAAUGAGAUGAUAUUUGUAAAGUGCUUUGCAUCCCUACAGUGUCAUAUUAAUGUUAUUAUUACUAACCAGUAAUCCCUGGUAGGAUUAUUACGGAAUUAGUAGAGGGUUUCCGUAGAACAAAUGUGCCUCUUUUGAAGAUUCUCUGGACCACGUUCAUCUUUACUGAGGGGUCUUAAAGUGCAGGGAUGCAGGGAACUUACUCUUUUUAUGUUACAGUAAAGUCACUCGCAUUGUGAGAGGCUCAGUGAACAGCUUGAAGGCUCUGUUAGUUGUUAGUAGUUCCCCAGUUAAGGAGUAGUGGAAAGUUGCCUUUUGGCUUGAUUUUCUUUUUACUUUAUAACCCAAGUAGCUUUGAACUUACUAGGAACUGGUUUCCUUGUAUGAAAAAUAAAAUGCUUCAAUACUUCAAUGAA